AUAAUCCACCGCUUCGCUGCCGCUGUCUCUCGGUAGUUGAGUCGGUCGCUUUCCUCACCGCCCAGCCACCGCGAUUCUUCUCUCUCUCUCUCUCUCCUGUUGCUGUUUUUUUGUUACUUUAUCCCCUCUCACCGAUCACACCCCGGCGCCUCUCGUUUCUUCCAGAUCGAGCAAAUCAGUUACAACUUCUCGUCUUCCUCCGGCUUCCACUCAAUUCCUUGAUCCGGUCUGUUUGUCAUGAUCUAGGACUUUCGGAUCGCAAUUCGAUGGAUUCGUCUUCCUCGAGCCAACCGGAGUUCGACUACCUGUUCAAGUUGUUGAUGAUCGGAGAUUCGGGAGUGGGAAAGAGCAGCCUUCUGCUUAGAUUUACUUCCGACUCUUUCGAGGAUCUUUCUCCCACUAUAGGCGUGGACUUCAAAGUAAAGAUGGUUACAUUGGGAGGAAAGAAGCUUAAGCUUGCAAUGUGGGAUACAGCUGGACAGGAGAGGUUUAGAACUUUGACAAGUUCAUACUACAGAGGAGCGCAAGGCAUCAUCAUGGUUUAUGACGUGACACGCAGGGACACCUUCACCAAUCUUGCUGAUGUAUGGGGCAAGGAAAUUGAUCAGCAUUCAACUAAUCAGGAUUGCAUUAAGAUGCUUGUGGGUAACAAGGUUGACAAGGAAAGUGAGAGAGUUGUAAGCAAGAAAGAAGGCAUUGAUUUUGCAAGAGAAUAUGGAUGUUUGUUCUUAGAGUGUAGCGCAAAGACCCGUGUUAAUGUGGAACAAUGCUUUGAGGAGCUUGUCUUGAAGAUCUUGGACACUCCUAGCCUGUGUGCUGAGGGUUCGGCAGAUGUUAAGAAGAAUAUUUUCAAGCAAAAGCCAUCUGAAGCUGCUGCUUCCACAAGCAGCUGUUGUUGACAAUUGGCUCCAGUCUGUCCUAAUGCGACAUGGUCCUCUUCUCUAACGCAUGGGGAGGUUGAUAGUGAUACAUACACCGUUUUACACUACUAUGAUGAACAAGACAUUAAGUUCUGGAAUGCAGGAUUCUUUUAGUAUAGUUGUCGUGUCUGUUGUCUUAUUUAUAGUCAUGAUGUUACUUCAGUGAAAGAAAAUGAAACAAAUGUCCUAUUGAAAAUUGCUUUAAGAAACCAGCUAUAUUAAUUCGCU